AAGAACAGAAAAAGAAAUUAGCAUCAUGCGAGUGAAGUUAGCAAAUAGUUUCCUUGGCUUGGCGGCUAAAGUUUGAGAGUUUCCCCGCCACCGCCACCGCAACCGAUCACCGGCACGGUGUGAAAUCAGUUUCUUCUUAAUGGCGCGUUCCUUAUGCCCAUCCAUUCCGAACACUUCCACCUUCUCUGAUUUCUGCAAACUAUACUCCUCCUCUCACCAUUUAUGUUUCCACUCCCCAAAAUCAAACCUGCAAUUUAAGCCUCGUCGGGGCCCAGAAGAGCGGCCCCUGGGUAACCGAAAGAAAAGAAGUUCAAAGAAGCUUACUGCGUCGAGCGAAGUAGCGAAUGGUUAUGGGAGUAUAGAAGCAGAGGGGUAUAAUGGGUCGGUGGAAGAUAAGCAAUUCGUGCGUUCCUUUCGCGAGGCCUGGCCUUACUUGUGGGCCUAUCGUGGCAGCACCUUCGUUGUCAUUAUUUCUGGAGAAAUUGUUUCUAGUCCUUUCCUAGAUCCUAUUCUCAAGGACAUAGCUUUCCUUCAUCAGCUAGGUAUCCGGUUUGUUCUUGUUCCGGGGACACAUGUGCAGAUAGACAAGCUUUUGAAUGAGAGAGGGUGCCAGCCUAAGUAUGUUGGUAGAUAUAGGAUAACUGAUGAAGCAUCUCUAGAAGCUGCGAUGGAAGCCGCUGGGGGAAUAAGAUUGAUGAUCGAAGCAAAACUUUCUCCUGGACCUUCCAUAUGCAAUAUUCGUCGACAUGGCGAUAAUAGUCGAUGGCAUGAAGUGGGUGUCAGUGUUGCCAGUGGUAACUUUCUUGCAGCCAAGAGAAGAGGGGUGGUCAAUGGAAUUGAUUUUGGGUCAACUGGGGAAGUUAAAAAAGUAGACGUAUCUCGCAUGCGUGAGAGACUCGAUGGUGGUUGUGUAGUUAUUUUAACCAACUUGGGCUACUCCAGCUCUGGAGAAGUAUUAAAUUGCAACACCUAUGAAGUAGCAACAGCUUGUGCCUUGGCUAUAGGAGCAGACAAGUUGAUAUGCCUUAUAGAUGGUCCAAUACUUGAUGAGAAUGGACGUUUAAUUCAUUUCUUGCCUCUUCAAGAAGCAGACAUGCUAAUUCGUAAACGGGCUGAGCAAAGUGAAGUAGCUGCUAACUAUGUCAAAGUUGUUGAUGAAGAAGGUUUCAACUCUCCUGAAUAUAACAAUUUUAAUGGAAUAGUCAAACCACCACCUAUUGGGCGUUUCACAGAAUGGCAUAAAAUAACCUUCCACAAUGGUGUUGGUUUUGAAAAUGGAAAUGGCUUAGAGUCCAGUGAGCAAGGUUUUGCCAUUGGAGGUCAAGAGCGGUUAAGUCGAAUGCAUGGUUACUUGUCAGAGUUGGCUGCUGCUGCUUUUGUUUGCAGAGGUGGUGUUCAAAGAGUUCACUUGCUGGAUGGAACUAUUAGUGGAGUUUUGUUGUUGGAAUUGUUUAAAAGAGACGGGAUGGGAACAAUGGUGGCUAGGUAAGCAACCUUCGUGAAAUCCUCUGAACUAAGUUUUUUUUUUUUCUCUGUGUGAAU